CAGACGGGCAGAAGGCCAAGUCAUGGAGGCGAUAUGGCUCUAUCAGUUCCGGCUGAUCGUCAUCGGGGACUCCACCGUGGGCAAGUCCUGCCUGAUCCGGCGGUUCACGGAGGGCCGCUUCGCCCAGGUGUCCGACCCCACCGUCGGCGUGGACUUCUUCUCCCGGCUGGUGGAGAUCGAGCCGGGGAAGCGCAUCAAGCUGCAGAUCUGGGACACGGCGGGGCAGGAGCGCUUCAGGUCCAUUACCAGGGCUUAUUACCGUAACUCUGUGGGCGGGCUCCUCCUCUUCGACAUCACCAACCGCCGCUCCUUCCAGAACGUCCACGAUUGGCUGGAGGAGGCUCGCAGCCACGUCCAGCCACACAGCAUCGUCUUCCUAUUGGUGGGCCACAAGUGCGACCUGGAGGCACAGCGUCAGGUGACCCGUCAAGAGGCAGAGAAGCUGGCGGGGGCGUACGGGAUGCGCUACGUCGAGACGUCGGCCCGCGAUGCCAUCAACGUGGAGCACGCCUUCACCGAGCUGACCAGAGACAUCUUCGCCUUGGUGCGUUCUGGCGACAUCACAAUCCAGGAGGGCUGGGAGGGCGUGAAGAGCGGGUUUGUGCCCAACGUGGUCCACUCGUCGGAGGAGGUGACCAAGAGUGACCGCCGCUGUCUCUGUUGAUCUGGGAAGAGUUCUGAACGACGGGACUGAAGGUUUUAAAGGAAGCGAAGGAUUCAGAGGGGAGCGGCUGACGGACUGAGGCGUCGGCCCUCUGACUGAAACUGCUGGUGACCCUCUGUUGUUCUUUUUUCAGACUGGAUACAGAAUGGGAUGUUGGAGGAAUUUCAAUGAAAAAGGCAGGGAGAAGGUGGAGAAGAACACCUUGGACGUGGGCGGAUGGCUGAAAGGGUUGUGCCCAUUUCUGAGGGGAAGGAUCACAGAUGUUCCUCUGGGGGUUCCCAUGAUUGAAUUCCUUUAGGUUUUUCUCCUGAAAGUCCCUCCCUGAAAGUCUUACAAAGGCCUUAGAAAGAGGAUCCAUUUUGGUUCUUUGUCAAAACCCGCUCUUGACCUGUUUCCUCUUCCUUUCUCCCAUCAUGUCCUCCGUCACCUCUUCCUCCACCAACCCUCUCCUCUCAAUAUGCAAUUACAUGAUCACAUAGAAAGCGAUCACUUUUACGUUGGCGUCCAACAUCCUCCCAGAAGAAUUCAUUCUAAAAAGUCAGCACACUUAGAUUAAACCUUCCUCGUUAGAGUCUAUUGUGCUGACGUCUUGCUCCACAUUCCACCAUCAGGGCUCAAUGGAGGAGUCCUGGAGGUCCUAAAUAUAACGUUGGAAGAACAGUUUCUGUGUCCACCUUAUUUCUCUUUGGAGCAAUUUAGGCCUCCAGUGAGCUCAAUGACAUUGACCACAUGGUAACAUCCACUACCAUUCUGCUAAAUAACGCACUAUAACAAAACACCAUCACCAAUCCAGUUCACCUAAAGCAGGAAGAGACAACGUGUACAGCUUAACUGACCAAGGCGACGUAGUGUAAGAACUCUUAAUUUUCUGCCUUCCACUGGACACCCGUUAAGGUGGAUUAAUAGGAAUGUCAGAGCCUGAAAGCACCUUAAUAGCCAAGUCCUUCUUAACUGCGGAGCCUCAUUUGGGACAUUUGAAGAGUGCAAAUAAGCAAACUGGGGAUUUCUCGAAGGCAAAACAAACACAGAGGGAAACUUGAUGAACAGACUUCACAAAAGAACCACAUUACUCACAGUGCACGCAUAGGACAGUCAGAACUCUUGCCCAUUACAACCACGUGAAGAAGGUCCAAUUGGCAACCCAGUCAACCCAACACAGAUACAGGCGCAGGGGACUCAACAAGGUUACGUUUUGUUCAGAGCGAGUAGUUUACAUGCCUUUUUUAAUAUGUGUGCAAGUGUCAUAUCACAUCAAACUUUUAUUUUUUGAUGUUUUUAUGCUACAGGUGGCUGUAACCACCAUGAUUACUUGAGUCUAACUGUGUAAGGCGGCCAUGAAAGCGGACAUGCAGGUCAAAACUGGUUUAAAUUUGGUUGAGGUAACGUAAUUUCAUUGGCAAUAUUUCAAGAGAAAAAGUGAAAAUAUAGCGAUUAUAAUGCUGGUGAAAUGUGUUCUUAUGUAGCCUAGAUGUAAAACCCCCAAUUUUCAACCAUAUAUCGCCCAACUGGUGCAGAUAUCGUUACCUACUAGAACACUGGACCGAUUAAACUACAGAUUUCUGCAUGACACUUUAUUUAUUUUUCUUGUGGAGAGCUUAACGAGGAGACAGAUGCCGCUCUCAUGUCUGUACAGUAAAUAUGGAGCUACUGCCACAAAGCCGGCUGUGUGUCCACCCAUCAGUCUUUAUGCUAAGCUAAGCUAAGCUAAGCUAACUAGCUGUAGCCUCAUGGAUCUGCAUUCUCAUCCUAAAUGUCCUGUUGCUUUAUACUUUUCUCAUUAUUAAUUCAGGCAGUUGCUGGUCCUCCUCUAAAUGCCAGAAUAACACAACUAAGACAGUGAAAGAUCAAGAAACAUCAGAACUUGGCAGAUGACUCGUUUGCCGUUUGUGUAACACCAGUAAAUAACUACAUAUUCUCAUGAAAUAAACACUGGACCAAAUGUCAUAAUCUGCUCACCCUGACCGAUGUAUUUGGCUGUACGUGCUACAAAUGAAUAAAUAAUUGUCAUUUAAACGUGGAGCAGAAUCAGGAGGAGACCCAUAGCAUUGUUAGGAAUUAAAUGUACCUUAAAGUACACGUGCAACUACUUAUCUAUACAUUUUAUUCUGCAGAACUCCCUUUCUGUGUUUUCUCCUCCCUCUUAAUAUGAAGACUUUCUUUCGUCUGACUGGGAUACUGCUGUAGAUGUAGGAAGGAUAGCAAGAUUUUAUCCUUAUCAUUCCCACUACGGUUACUGAUCACGGCACAGACUAUUUAUGUUUUAGAUUAUUAAACGUUACAGUCCUCUGUAGGCUGCUGAGGAUACUGCUUCAUUUUCACACACUGUAUGCCUUCUUUUUCUGUGUUUCCAAAGACCUUUUUGUGUGUGUGUGUCGUUCUGUUUUCUACAUGAAUGUAUCAGUGAGGGAGUCGAUGAGGAUUUUACGCUACGAGUUGAAGUGUGUGAAUGAGAAAGCAAAAGGGUGAUCUACACGGCUCGAGUGGAAAUGAUUCUCGUUAUAAUGCUCCAUUUCCACAGCUAUACACACUGCAUUAAUCCUUAUUGAAGUGAGUGAAACGCUGUUGCCAGACAGAAAAGAUCGAUCUUCAAAAGUCCUUCCAGGAAUAAAAAAAAAAAAAACAACAAAGCAGCCUGAGCUCUCCCUGACGCCCUUGUGUUUUUGAAAUCUGACAAUAUGUUUUAUCCCACGACCGCUUUAAAAUCUGUUUUCCUUCCACUGCUUUGCUGUAUCAUGACUAACACUCUCUGCUGAGCGUUCCCCAGUGGACGCCGCCGCGGAGCUCAGAAGGUGUGUGUGGGUGACUGUGGUUGAAAUCUGCUGUGGGUUGCAGCGCCCCCCGAUGGGCCGCCGAGCCUCUCUCACCAGAUGUCACACAGCUGGUAGACCUGCACAGCUGUACAGCACUCUGGUUUAUAUUACCUCUACUCUGAAAUACUGUCUUAAAGCAUGAAGCGCAUUGGGAAAGGUACUUGCUCUCUAGCCGAGGGUUGGAUGAGAAGCUCGGUACCACGCUCACACACACAGCAGCCUGUUAGCUUAGCUUAGCAUACAGUCUGGAAACAGGGAUCCAGAACACCGAAUAAAGCUCAAUAAUCCACACUUAUCUUGGCUAGUUGUUUUUAUUAAUUUCUAGUCUUCAUGCUAAGCUGAAGUGUUUCCCAUUAGGCUGCUCCGGUCUAAUUUGCUCUGCCCCAUUUUUAAAACAGAACAAACGUCUACUAAGUCUAAAUAUUCAUAAACUACAGAUUUGGGGAAACGUGUCAUCUCGGAUAAGAUUGUUUUAAGCAGCACUUGCCUUAAAUAUUAUGACACUGUCUGAUAGUUUCCACAUUUUGCUGUAACAUUUUUUUGUAGAUGCACAAAGACGGCCAUGAACGUCACAAAUAUGUGGUUCGUUUUAGUUUUACCAUUUUCUAGUCCGCUAGGAAAACACAUUCCACACAAGUGUAGUAAAUCUAUUUCACUUCAUCGCGUAUUUAAGGAAGCGCUGCAGGUUUGGUAUUGAUCGUCUCAUCUAACUCUUUGCAAGACAGCGAAUUUUCCAAAAUGUCAAACUGUUACUUUAAGUAGCUCCAAUAAACUACAUCUAAAAUAUCAUGAA